UUUGAACUGUUUUUGAGAAUCGGGGGUUUAGCCCUAAUCCAAGUUCAACAUUCCAUAUUUUUGAACUGUUAUUUCAUUCAUUCAGUUUUAUUUUAUUUUUACUCGACAUAAUUUAAAUUGAUUGAAUGUCGCAGAUUGAUAUUCACUACAGUAAAGCGCAGCAGACCGAGUUUUGCCUCAUCGAGACACAGGGCUCCUUGGAGACAGACAUGCCGGGAGGACUGAACGGGCAGCAAAGGUUUGGCCAGAUCGAGCGACUGCCUGAUGGCAAAGUAAUCAUGAAGAUUGGCAUCCACCGUGCGGCUGGAUCCGUAGUACCGUUGAAAAAACCGCUGGCUGUAAUGACAAAGCGGUGCGUCAUUGAUGAUAAUAGCGACAAUGUGAACGAUAAUGGGGUUGAAAAUGAGGAUUCUACGGUUGCCUAUGAUAUUAAGGCGAUUAUAAAGGAAAAGUUUAUAUUUAAAAUGCGCCCAGAGGUUAAUCUUCAGCAAGAGAUUCUGAAACUACCUAUCAUUUGAAGCAUAACAUUUUUGACAUAUUUGAAUAAAAUUAUAUAUUUACUAAA